GUAACGGUAUUUGCUCACUACUAUUGAAGCUGGGCUGGGAUCGCUCUAGGAAAUUUGCGUGAUUAUAAGAAUUUGUGAGGUGAAUGUGUGAGAUUUGUAUUAAUUUUUGUUGUUUAGCUUUAUAGAAACCUUUUUGAAUGAAUUGCGCCUGCACUGAUUGCUGAUAUUGAGUACAGAAGAGGAAUUUCUUCCUGCGCCAGGAUUGUCUCCUGAAUGGUGGAGCUGUCUGGCCAGGGAUGGUGGUAGGCAGGGUGGAGCGGCGGCACGCGACAGGCGGCGGCGGCAAGACCCUGUCGCCGCAGGAAUUGUCGGACUGCGAUGACAUCGCCACGGCGCUCACCAUCGACCCCUACCUGGGCUUCACCACGCACAAAAUGAACAUCAGGUACAGACCACCGCGAUGCAACAAGGACGUGCUGCGAAACCUCAUCUUCGCGUUCAUCAAGGACCAGAAUUAUGAGGAGACCUACAAGCGGCUGGAGAGGUGCGAGGCCAUGCACCAGCUGCUGGCCUUCUAUAAGCACCGAGUGAACCGGGAUGAUCUGCGGGAUCAUAUAAUGCGGUUUCUCGGCGUGUUGGACGUGGAGUCGGGCAUUUCCAUCAUGGGCUGCACUCGAUACUCGCUGGAAGACAACGCAGGCGCCCGGGUCUGCUCCACCAAGGCCUGGGGCCGAAAUGAGGAGAUCCAGUUUCUGGUCGGCUGUAUCGCCGAACUUUCAGAGGAGGAGGAGAACCAAUUUCUCCACCCGGGCAAGAACGAUUUCAGCGUCAUGUAUAGCACAAGGAAGAAGUGUGGUCAGCUUUGGCUCGGUCCUGCUGCCUACAUCAACCACGACUGCAACGCCAACUGCACGUUCGUGGCGACCGGUCGCAAUACGGCCACGGUACGCACGCUGCGUGAGAUUGAGCCGGGAGACGAGGUCACCUGUAACUACGGCGGAGACUUCUUCGGCGACAACAACUGCUACUGCGAGUGCGAGACCUGCGAGAGGCGGCAGACGGGAGCGUUCGCCAAGAAGGACUCGGAUCAGCAGUCGGAGGGGUACCAGCUGCGCUACUCGAGUCGGCGACAGGCGGCGCCCCCGACGGGUACCAACACGCUGGAGCAUACGGUCGAGACGCUCAGACAGCGCGGCAUGACUCGCUACGACGCCCAGAUCAUCGCCGAACAGCGCCUCAAGCUCGACUCGCCGGCGCCGGCCGCUGCCGUGACAGCGGCGAGUCGACCGGCGGCGGCGGCGGCCCUGACGACGGCGACGACCGGGGCUGCCCCGGGCCGGGCUGCCGGUACCGCUCCAGGGAAGGCCGCCGGCACCACCCCGGUCGGAGGCCGCACCCGCGCCCGGCGCCGGCUCGGUGCCUCUCAGACGUCCACUGCCACUGCCGCGGGCCGACGGCGCGGCUCGGCCACUCCGGUCGAGACGGCCGCCGCGCCCGUCUUACCACCGCCCCCGCCCCCUCCGCCCCCACCGCCACCGCCUCCGCCGCCGCCAGCAGCGCCCCGUCGCGGCCGCGCGGCGGCGGGGGCGCUGACGUUGCCCGUGUCCCCGCCGUGCCACGUGAAGGUGACGCUGCGCAUGAAGCGCUCUCCGCCGGCGGACGACAUCAGUGAGUCGGCCAGCAGCCACUUCAGUGACGACAGCGCCACUAGCGGCGAGAUUCAGUACGAGGUGCUGCGGCUGGAGGGCAUCGGCGAGCUGCCCGUCGCCACGUGGCACAAAAAGAAAAAGAAGAAGCGCCACCGCCACGAGCGGCACCGCGGUGUGACGCCCGAGGUGGCCGUGCCGUCGGCAAAACGUGUACGGCUCAAGUUCGGCGGCGAGUCGCGGACCAUCGAGCUGACGGGGUGAGGCGGCCGUCCGUCCCGCCCCGCCCGCUCGUGUCUUUCACGGCCGUCAGCGCACGAGCCGCACCGGCCCAUUCCAUAGGCCGAGUACAACGUUGUUAUACCUCUCCACCGGCCCACGUGCGCGCGUGUGUGCGAAUAUAUUUUACCAUAGCUAUAUGAUUAUCUGAUCCGGGCACUGCCAUGAUCAAAGUUGUGUGUACGUAUCUACUGUCUUUGGUGCGGUUGUUUUUUGUAGAUUUUCCUCAGUCCGAUGACGCAUUUAACUUAUGUGGAAUGAGGUGGCAUGAAUUCUUUUGAUCUCAUUGUUCUGAGCACGCUUGUGUUCUUUUUUUAUGACCGAUGAUUGGCCUUCCUUUGGGCUAGGCUGCGCGGUAGCUCGAACGGAGAUUCGUCCCGAAUGACCUCGAAGCUGUAUUGUAAUAAACGCAUGCAUUUGUUUU